UUCCGCGCGCAUCACGGAUGUUUUUCGUUUACCGGAUACACGUUUCUGCUCUCGAGCUUUGAUUCACCUACUGACAUUAAAACCAUAAACUGGUUGUCGGUGAGAUCACAGGAACGCGAACUCUUAACGCGCCGUCUUGUCUGUUAACGGAACCCGUUGUUGUUACGGUCGCGAUGUUCCUGUCGUCGGUACCGGCGCGCGUCCUGAUGCGAAGGUCGCGCAGUCUGUCGCCGCACCGCGCGCUGCAGACCGGCCACGGCGAGGCCUCGCGCUUCCGAAACCUCUGCGAGCUCGAACCGAACCGGAGCCCGGUGGCCAGCGGAUCGCGAGCGUCCAGGAAAAGCGUCGCGUGCGAGGAGUCGCGCAUGCAGUACCAUCAGCUGGCCAGCAGGUGGCGCGUGAGUCUGGAGAACCGGCGGAGCAGCUGGGCGAGUCUGACCGCCGCGGGGCGCUGCGGAGGCGGACACCAGAGCCGCUCAGAGUCCGCUGCUGCUGCUGGAGCCGCGGGCGUCGCGGGCGUCAUCUCCGCCGCGGCGCUCGCCUUCUGCUUGAAGAAAGACAAAGACGAUAAAGCUGAAGCUCUUCUAGAUGCUGCCAGAUCCAGUAACACUGAGGAGGUGAUCAGGUUGUUGGCGCAAGGAGCCGAUCCGAACACUCGACACCGUUUGGGCUGGACGCCUCUCAUGGUGGCUGCUAUGAAUAGACAGCACAAUGUGGUGAAGGUGCUGCUGGAGGCCGGUGCCGAUCUGAACCUGGGCGAUGACUUCAACAGCGUUUAUGAAACGGCUCGAGAGAAGGGCGUUCACUCAUUAGAGGUGCUGGUGAGCCGCGAGGACGAGUUCAGCAAUCGUCUCAGCAGCCGCGCUUCUUUCCGAGGCUGUUCUGCUCUGCAUUACGCCGCGCUGGCCGAUGACCUGCAGACCGUCCGGAUGCUGCUGGAUGCAGGUGCCAACCCCUUACAGAAGAACGACCUGGGCCACACGCCGCUGACGUACGCCAAAGAGGGAGAGAUGGCCACGCUGCUGAAAGAGUCCCAGAACACGUUUGCGGAGGCGCAGCACAAGCGCGAGGCGGAGGAGAGGAGGAAGUUUCCUCUGGAGCGCAGACUGAAGGAGCACAUCAUUGGACAGGAAGGAGCCAUCAAUACAGUCGCAUCAGCUAUUAGGAGAAAGGAGAAUGGCUGGUACGAUGAAGAGCAUCCCCUUGUCUUCCUCUUCCUGGGCUCAUCUGGAAUCGGUAAAACUGAGCUGGCCAAGCAGGUGGCGCGAUACAUGCAUAAAGACAUUAAGAAGGGUUUCAUCCGGAUGGACAUGUCUGAAUUUCAGGAGAAACAUGAGGUGGCGAAGUUCAUCGGUUCUCCUCCAGGAUAUGUGGGUCAUGAAGAAGGUGGUCAGCUGACCAAACAGCUCAAACAGUGUCCGAACGCCGUGGUUCUGUUCGACGAGGUGGAUAAAGCUCAUCCAGAUGUGCUGACCGUCAUGUUACAGCUCUUUGACGAGGGUCGACUGACUGAUGGGAAGGGCAAGACUAUCGAGUGUAAAGAUGCCAUCUUCAUCAUGACGUCUAAUGCAGCUAGUGAUGAAAUUGCCCAGCAUGCAUUGCAGCUGAGACAGGAAGCUCAGGAGCAGAGCCGCCGGCGUCUGGCUGAGAAUCUAGAAGAUGUUCAGAAGAGCGAGAAGAUCACCAUCUCCAACACGUUCAAAGAGCAGGUGAUCCGCCCCAUCCUGAAGGCUCAUUUCCGACGGGACGAGUUUCUGGGGAGGAUCAACGAGAUUGUUUACUUUCUUCCGUUCUGUCACUCUGAACUCAUUCUGCUGGUCAGCAAGGAGCUCAACUACUGGGCCAAGAAGGCCAAGCAGAGGCACAACAUCACGCUGCUGUGGGAGCGUCCCGUGCUGGAGCUGCUGGUGGGAGGCUAUAACCUGCAUUACGGAGCACGCUCCAUCAAACACGAGGUGGAGCGGCGGGUGGUGAAUCAGCUGGCCGCUGCGUACGAACAGGAGCUGCUUCCGAAGGGCUGUACGCUGCGUCUGACCGUCGACGGAGCACAAGAGAAGGAUGGAGCUCCAGCUCUGCGUCUGGAGGUGGUGGGUGAAGACAGCACCGCCCGAAAACUGGACAUCCGCCCGCCGCUGAACCCCGAGGAUGUGACACACACCCACCAACAUCACUGAGACUCACAGACAGUGUUUGUCUGCUAACGCAUCGCUCACACACACAUCAGAUUAUUGACAGAAACAUAAAAAUGACGUAUGCAGACAUACCUGUAACAUUAAUAACACACAUAAAUCACAGCAGCUUUAUGAUGUUUGUAAUAAUGCAGAUCUCCAUCACGCUUCCAGAGCGUUUGUCACGUGUACAGACGUAUAGAUGUGUGUGUUUAUGGAAGUUAAAGUAUAUUAAAGUCAUGUGAUCACUGAUGUUCUUUGUUUUCAUCAGGUGGAUGUGUUCAUCAAAGUGAAUUAUAUACUUUAAAACGCAAUGGAGAUAAUUUAUGUUUCUGUGCUUAUUGUAAAUGAUUCAUCAUCUUUAUUCCAAAGAAAAACAAUAACACUUUACAAUAAGAUUUAAUUUCGUAACAUUGCUUAACUAUAUAGUUAACAAGAACUAACAAUGAAAAAUUAUUCUAAAUAUUAUAUAUAUUUUGAAAAUAUGUAUAUACAUUUAUAUAUCUAUAUUAUGAUAUUUUAGAUUAUAUAUAAAUAUAGUUAAUAUAUAAACAUAACAUAUUUUUCUUAAAUAUAUACACAUCCAUGUGUUUGUAUUUAUAUAGACAUAAUAAAUAUACACAGUACACACACAUAUAUUAUGUAAACAAAAAAAAUCUUUUUGAUGCGAUUAAUGGUCUGCCAGCACUAAUACUGUGUAAUACUAUAUAAUAUCAUGCAAUGUAUUAAUGUUAGUAAAUGUUAAUUUCAACAUAUUUGUUACCAUUAGUUCAUGCAAAUAACGAGCAAACAAUGAGCAAUUGUAUUUGGUUACACUUUAUUUUAUUGCGUGUACUUAUGCAUUUAAAUACUAAGUAAUAUUAAUUAGCUGCAUGUAUUUGCUAUAUGCUUAGGUUAGGUUUAGGUCUAGUUGUGUGUAAUUAUGCAUAAUUUAUUGUUAUUACUAUAGUAAGUACAUGCAAUGUGAAAAAGUGUGACCUUGUAUUUUUAUUUACUAACUAAAUCUAAAAUAUAUAUUGCUCGCUGUUAAUUCAUGUUAAUAGAUUAACUAAUGUUAGAAAAUGAGACCUUAUUGUAAAAUGUUACUGAAAAAUGUCUUCAUAAUCUGAAUCACAGUCUAUAACACUGAAUGUCAUUCACAUCAGUUUCCUCGUGGAGACAAUAAAUCCAGUCCUGCUCUGCA